GUCAACAGAGCCACUCUCGUCGCCUUGAUAGCCUCCCCGUCGAUCCAAUCCCCGACCCUCCACACCGAGACUCAAUCCAUCAAGAUGGCCGGUGUCGCUUACUACAACGUCGCGGGCCUGCGCCUCGGAAGCCACCACAUUGCCAUGGGUUGGCUGGCUACCCUCUUCGGCGGCACAUACUACGCUCUGUCCGGCCCCAAGAAGGCGGCCGCCGACAAGGCUACCCCUCCGAUCAACGCCUCGAGCUCUGAUGAGGCCGACUUCAUCAAGUGCGUGAUUUCGAUUUCCCCGACGAACACUGUGGCCAGACGGAUCACUGACAAGACCGACAGGAAGUUCAUGGAGGAGCAGGAGAAGAAGCAGUAAGCGGGUGCAGGGAGGUGACGAAUUGGGCAUUGUACGACACGACCGGUGUACAUAUAGAGGCAUGUGGCGAUCUGCUCGCUCAAUACGAAGUACAGAGGACUCGGCCGAUCACGCAUUGUCCAUGUAUGACGUGGCUUUGGAAUUGACUACGAACGCAAAGGCAACGCAGUGCCCUUGUGAUUCGGCCUACAUCAGCAGUAAUACCGAGUGUGCGG